CAUGUAAAAUAGAAUAGAAGAAAUGUACCAAAAAAAUCAUUCCUUACUGAUCCAUAGAGUUUAAUCAUAUAUAUAAUGAGGCUCUUUUCUCUCUUUUGAGAGUGUCCACGUAGACAGUUCAUGGGUCCCACCAAAAUCAUCUUUAUUCAAAACCGAAGCGGAGACUCCGAUCGUCGUCCACCAUGAUCAAAGCUAUUAUGUCAUUCAAAGAGAUUUGGAUUCUUCAUCUCCCCCUUGACUCCACCUAUAUAAACUCUCCUGAAUCCAAAUCUUCUCUGGUAGCUUCCAUGGAUAAGAAACAGUCAGAUUUCCAGAUCCAACGCUUUGGAUAAAGCUCCGGCAAUAUCGAGCAGCGCAUCCAUGGCUAAGAAUCCAGCGAAAUCACAACAAAAUCUCCAACUGAAUCGAGCACCGGUUCCAUGGAUAAGAAAAAAGGGGGUUGCUUGGCUCCAUCUACAUCCCUGAUGAGAAGAAUUCGGUGAUCAUGGAUUUAUUCCUGCUGCUCGCGCCACUCACUACCGUCCAUCGGUUCCAUAAAGAGUGUUUGAGAAUCGUUGCAGUAUGCGAAGCAUUUAGCCGGUACAAGAAUCCAGAUGCUGUUCGACAAGUUCGAGAACUGCCGAGUUCCUAUGUACUGGGGAUGUUGCCAGUAUUGAAACAACAAAUGGAUGGUGCUAUGGCUCAUGCCCCAAGUUCUCAUCAUGCACGUGUGCCGGCCUGCCAUGAUGAAAAUGCGGUUGGAGUUGCAAGGUACCGGGUUGAGAUGUUAGUUAUUGAUGUAUCUGACACCGCCGUGUUCGUUACUUUUGAUGGUGAGAUGAACAAGUUGACCAGUGGUCCUGCUGUAGCAGCGUCCAUGAUAACGUCUGAAGAAUAUUCGUUUUUUUUUGCUAAUUCGUUUUUAAGGUACUGUCAUGUGAUGUUGAACAUGGUGUCACUUCUGCAGAAGAUCGAAGAAGCCAUGCUCAAAUAACCUCAAUCCUAGAAAGACCGGAACUGGAACAUAUGUUUGAAUGAUGGAAAAGAGUCCCUUCGAUCAGAAAAAGUUUCCCUUCCUGAGUUCAACCUUCAUGGUCAACAUGACAUCUUAAUGGAAAAGAGUCUUAUUUCUCCUCAUGUAAUUGAUACAGAUUGGUGUGCUAUUUGAGGUUAAAGACUAUUAGUACUUUUCAAUUCCUUAGUUUUGUAAGAAUAUGCCAUAUAGUCUACCUUAAAUUCCACAUAAUACUGAGUAGACAUCAACUCAUUGAGUUUGAGGUAAGAUGUUAAAUCUUUUCUAUCAUCAGCUAAGUCAUUUUUUUGACACAAGACUUUUAUACCAUUGCAUUGAACAGCUCUGUAUUCUUGGAAAUCUCUGUCCUGAAACUGCUGAAGAAGCAGUGGCAAUGGUUCCUUUUCUCAAGGUACAAUAAAGAAAAUUCUAACCUUUUCUAUUUUGUGGAAUAGCUUUUUUGUAGACAAAAGGAAGAGCAUACAGUGAGUAAGCAAUUGAGAAGAUGCUCAAUGAUCUCUCCCUUGUCUAGAGAUUCAAAUAGUGCAAAAAAUCUCAAGAUCUAAGAUUUUAAACAUAUGUCAGGGUGUAAUAUUCUCUUUUUAGCUGAUGCUGUGUGUUUGUAGUUAAAUUAUUAAGAAAGACUGUGACAUAUUAGGGAUGUGAGCAAUCCAUAUACUAAAUAAUCAUGUACACUGUGUUAUACCA